AAAAAAACGCGCUGAAAAAGAAGCCUGGCAUAGUUUUGUGGGGAUUGUGGAAAAAGAUGUAACGAAGCUUGCAAGCGCUCUCCCCGGGAUGGAAAACUGGAUUACUCUCCCUGCUGAAACACACUGUGGAUGUCUGAAUAAACCAGGAGGAGAUACGCGGGAAUGAAUGGAUUCUAAAGCCUUUUCACAAAAUGGGAACUAACUGUGCUCAUUUUCGCUGUAGUGCAAAGCUCUCUGUGGGUGUGUGUGGGAUGUUGUGUCAGGGCUAAAGCCCAUCCCUCUCCCAUGAGCCCGUGUGCCCACACACACACCUGGCGCCUCCACGCACGCACCCGGCGCCCACGCACGCACAGCCGGCACUGACGCUGUGAACUGGACCCUCGGAGCCCAGCAGGAGCCAAGCGGAGCGGAGUCUAGCCCAGUUGGAGCCUGAGGAUGUCAACAGAGACAGAGCUACAGCCAGCGGUCAGGCCCGGCAGCGUCAGACGGGACUUCAAGAGGAAAGGGCAGGAUCGCAGCGAGGCGACUCUCAUCAGGCGUUUUAAGGGCGAUGGCGUCCGCUACAAGGCCAAGCUCAUCGGCCUGGACGAGGUCACCGCCGCCCGCGGAGACAAACUCUGCCAGGACUCGAUGAUGAAGCUCAAGGGUGUAGCUGCAGCAGCUCGGUCUAAAGGAGAACACAAACAGAAGGUGUUUCUGACCGUUUCCUUUGGAGGGAUCAAGAUCUUUGAUGAGAAGUCAGGGGUCCUUCAACACCACCAUGCGGUCCACGAGAUCUCCUACAUCGCCAAGGACAUCACGGACCACCGAGCCUUCGGCUACGUCUGCGGGAAGGAGGGGAACCACCGCUUUGUGGCCAUCAAGACUGCGCAGUCGGCUGAGCCUGUGAUCCUGGACCUGCGGGACUUGUUCCAGCUCAUCUAUGAGAUAAAGCAGAGAGAGGAGAUGGAGAAGAAGGCGCAGAAAGACAAGCAGUGUGAGCAGGCAGUCUACCAGACAAUACUGGAGGAGGACCUGGAGGACCCGGUCUACCAGUACAUUGUGUUUGAGGCGGGACACGAGCCCAUCCGCGACCAAUCAGAAGAGAGCAUUUAUCAGGUUCCCACCAGUCAGCAGAAGGAAGGGGUCUAUGACGUCCCAAAGCGACACCCAAAUGGACAUCAAAACUCUCCCAACCAUCAUCAUCAUCAACAACAUCAUCCACAUCAUCAUAAUCAUGAUCAGCCUAUCCAACAAGAACAAACUCAACCGCAGCAGGCAGUGGCAGAUCUGAUAGACUUAGACUUCGAUGUGAUGUCACAGAAUAUCAACCAAUUAGAGAUUUUCGGAGACAUGUCCACACCUCCUGACAUCACCUCUCCAUCGACCCCCGCCUCUCCAGCCAACACCCUCGACCCCUCGCAGGGCCUGCAGCCUCCCACGGAACUGUUUGCUCCCUUCAAUCCCGCGUCUGUGCCCUCAGGUUAUGUGACAAUGGGAGCGGUACCCCCUGGCCACUGGUCCCAGCAGGCGUUUGCCGCCCAGACACCGCUGGCCUUCGGGGUCCAGUCUCCUCUCGGUCCGGUAGCCCAGGUGCUGCCAGGCGGCCAACCUCUCAUCUGGGGCCAGGCCAACAUCUUCCCUGCCACGCAGCAGCAGUGGGCAGCCAUGGCAGCCGGAGCCUUCCCCCCCACAGCCUACCUCCCUGCCCAACCUGUGGGCACGCUGCCCGCCGCCAUGUUCCAGACUCUCACCCCCGUCACGACUGUGACUCCGGCCGGUGAGAGCCAUUCAGGUGCCGGAGCCGGCGCUUCGGCUCUCUCCCCUUCGGCGUCGUCGAGUCCGCAGCACGGGGAGAGGGCGAGGAAGAUGGGCAAGGAGAUGUUCAAGGAUUUCCAGCUGGCGAAGCCUCCAGCCAUGCCGGCGAAGAAGGCUGACCAGCCCGGCUUAGCAGGAACCUCAGAGGCAUUCAGCACUUACUUUAGCCGUGUGGGCACCGCCCAGGACACGGACGACUGUGACGACUUUGACAUUUCUCAAAUGAAUCUGACACCAGUCACCUCCACGACACCAUCCACCAACUCACCACCCACCCCAGCUCCCAGGCAGAGCUCUCCCUCCAAGUCCUCAGCCUCCCAUGUCAGCGACCCCCCCACCGACGCCACAGACCCCCCCACAGAUGACUCGUUUGGGGAAGCAGAGGGCAGCCCAAGUCGCAGUGGAGAGGAAGAUGCUGCGUGUGGUUCUGGGUCACCCUGCCCCAGUGAGACAGCAGAGCCCAGCCCAGACCAGGCCAGUCCAGAGGCUGGGAGCUAGAUAGCAGCAGGGCAGGAAGGGGAAGGACCCUCUCUACGCCCAGAUCAACAAAGGGAAGAAAUAAAGAGACACAAAGGAAGACAGACCUGACCAGCACUGAGAGAACCGGAGGAGAACCCUCAGCCCAUGCGUGUGUUUGUGCGUGUGUUAGUGUGUGUGCAUGUGUGCGUGUCUGGCACAUCUCCCUGCCUGGCCAAGCCCUUCUCUCCUCCUCAAGCUAACAACCUCCCAGGAGGAGCCUCCACUCUCCCUCCUCCUCCUCCUCCUACACCUCAUGUGCUUCUCCUCCUCUGCAGCCUCUUCUCCUCCUGAGAGGAGAGAGCCCUCUUGGUCAUUCACUCCAGGCAGGAGGGAUAUCAAUCACCGAGACGGAUCCAGUUCUCCCUCCACUGCGCUGUCUUCUCCUCUCCUCACUUCUCCCUGUGGCGACUCUCACACCCAGCCUUACAGACAUAACCUGCUCCUCCUCUCUCUCUGUCUCCCUUCUUUCCUCCCUCCCUCUUCCUCCCCUGUCUUCGCUCUCACACUCCUCCCUCUGCCUCCUGUGUCUGGCCAGAGACUGUGCUGCCAAAGGAGGGACUGAAUCAAGCAGUGCCUCCCUGUCUCCGACACACACCCACACACACGCACGCUCGCUCGCCCAUCGGGAUCAGAACUAACAUCUUUAACGGACAGAAUCUGCAUCUGUUGCGAGGAGAUCCCACAGGAGGAGCUAGACUCUUAACGAGCCUAUCAGGGAUGGCCCGUUACUGGGAUCACUGCUUCUGAUUGGUUGCUUGGUUGGUUCGGGCGUUGUCUCCCCAUUCUUGUGAGUGUCUGCUGGAUCACUAUGCAGAAACAGACUCUCUGGGAGCUACUCACACACCGACUACACACACAUUGUGCAUAUAGCAAUCAGUCUACAUAUACCACACACACACACACGCACACACACACUCAUCUCUCACCCUCUCUAACAUGCAUACACACAGUAAUUUGCCAAACGUCUCUCCUCGCAGACAGACUCACACAGAGGCCAGAGGACCGGACACACUGAGGAAUGGACCCUGAGAGGGGAAGCGUUGCAAGUCCAACAGAUUCUGUGAUCGAACUGUUCAUUCUCUAUAGCUUUUGUACAAUACCGAUUUAAAAAAAAACAAAAAAGAAGAAAUUGAAAAAUGGAAUUUUUAUUUUAUAAGUCAAUCAAGCCGCUGGGGUCAGCUCUAUAGGAGUUAUAGAGUCAACAUGGCUUUAAGGCAUCUGAUCGUUGGUUUGCCAAACUCAUUUUGUAAAUAAUGAUAACAACAACCAUUCUGUCCACAGGACUUCUGUGCCAUAAAAUAGGAAGGCUUCAGUUAUGCAAACUCUUGACUUUAACCCAAGCAAUACCAACAUAUAUUUUCUUUAUCCUGUUUUUUCCUACUUUGUUUCAUUGACCUCUGAUAUUGUUUUUUUUAUCUUGUGCAUGGAUGUUGUGAGUCUCUGUCUUAACCUCACUUACUAAUCCUGAUUCACACCUCGUCCCUUUGGUCUUUUUAAGUCCUUCCCAAACCGAUGAGCUUUCUGCAGUUUAUGUUAGAGUCGGCCUGUGUAUGCACUAUAGCCGCCCUGUGUUUCUGCACCGCAAACCUACUCUCUCUAUGUUGCAGACACAGUCUAACUCACUCCAUCCCAUUUCCCCAGAAUAGUCUUUCAGAUGCAGCGACGCUCUGCCCAUCUGUCUGUCUGUUGGUCAGGUGCCAAACUGCUGCUGUCCGAGCGUCUGUGUGUGGACUGCAGCAAACCUCUGCUACAAACUACAUCAACUGUGAUGCCAAUGACUCCCUAUUUUAUGGCCAGAGUCCCCAUGUCACUCGAAAACUCUUUUGGACUAUGAUGUUGAUUAACUUAAAAAUUUGACAACUAGAAGAUGAGCAAAGAAUAAAAAGGGAAACGUUGCUGUUUGAGUACAUAACAUUUCUAGACCUAUUUUAACUUUACCUCAGCUAACAGUUUCUUAAUGUAAAUUGACACAUUAUUUUUAUCUUUAUGAAUAUGACAUUCUACAGUGGGUUUUUAGAUGAUUUUUUGGUUCUCUCUUGAUUUACGUAUUCCACCAUGUAUUACUGUUACAAAUAAACACAUCCCAAAUGAC